AUGCUAAAGACACUAACCAAGGAAGAUGAGGAAGAGAUUGAGAGGGAGAAAGUGAUGACUCCUCAAAGUGAAGAAGGGGAAGAGGUCAAUCAAGAGAUUGAGGAGAGUGAGCAUGAGAGCAAUGAGAAUGUGCCCAUGGAGGAGGGAGUCAGAGGAAGAGAGGAUGAGCUCCCCAUGUACCAAGAGCACUACAAUGCUCUCUUCUCCAUGGACUUUGUGGAGACCAAGUACCCACAUGAUGACACAAUGAGGCUCUUGGGAUCUUUGAGGAUGUGGAGCUAG